GCCUCGCUAGUUAAUUCAUAUCGAAGAAAACUCAAAUAGAGAGACAUCAAGAGUAGAAGAUCUUUAUCUAUAUUUCCCAUUCUCUUGUUUCCUUAUUAGUUUUCUUCGAUACUCAGAACGAUACUACUGAAGAGCUCGCUCAUUCACAAAAUAACUACAAUGGCUCUAACUCACAACGUAUUGGCAGUUACAUUUGGAAUCAUGGGCAACAUCAUAUCAUUCAUUGUUUUCUUGGCACCAGUGCCAACUUUUGUAAGAAUCUGCAAGAAAAAAUCGAUUGAAGGUUUUGAAUCACUUCCCUACGUGUCAGCGCUCUUUAGCGCGAUGUUAUGGAUUUACUACGCUAUGCAAAAAGAUGGAGCAGGCUUCCUUCUCAUCACCAUAAACGCUGUGGGGUGCUUCAUCGAAACGAUCUACAUCAUCCUCUUCAUCACUUAUGCUAACAAGAAAGCUAGAAUAUCAACUUUGAAGGUUCUUGGGCUCUUGAAUUUCUUGGGUUUUGCUGCCAUUAUUCUUGUUUGCGAGCUCCUAACCAAAGGAUCGAACCGUGAGAAAGUCCUUGGAGGGAUUUGCGUCGGAUUUUCCGUUUGUGUUUUCGCAGCUCCUUUGAGCAUCAUGAGAGUGGUGAUACGAACAAAGAGUGUGGAGUUUAUGCCUUUCUCCCUAUCAUUGUUUCUUACACUCAGCGCCAUUACGUGGCUCUUCUACGGUCUUGCUAUCAAAGACUUCUACGUCGCACUUCCAAAUAUAUUGGGUGCGUUUCUCGGAGCAGUUCAAAUGAUUCUUUACGUCAUAUUCAAGUACUACAAAACCCCAUCAGUGGUUGUUGAUGAGACAGAGAAGCCCAAAACGGUGUCGGCGGAUCAUUCCAUCAACAUGGUCAAGCUUUCAUCCACUCCGGCUUCUGGUGAGCUUACGGUUCAGCCGCAGGCUAAUCCUGACGUGAGCCAUCCUGUUCAAACUUAUGGUGGUGACUUAGAGGAUCAGAUGGACAAGAAAAUGUCAAACUAAAUAAAUCAAGAUUUUAGUUUUCUAUUACGAAUUAGUGGGUUUUAAUUAUGUUGUACUGUUGAGUCUGGUUUCCCAAACUUGUCUUUUUUUUUUUUUUUUCUCAUCAUUUUGUUUCGAAAAUAUCUCGGAAUUGUACUAUCCUUUAAACAUUUUAUGUACGUCUAUUAGAAUUUUGUGAAAUAGUUUUGAU